GUGUAUGGGUUAGCAAGCUCGUGGUGUGUUGCACAUGGACUGAUAUACAUGAGUGCACGAGCUCACUGAAGAAAAAGCUAACUUUAGUUAGCUGUAUCUCCUUCAGCUAGGUUUCAACUUCACCCUGAACGAUGUCAAGCUUAUUCAAUAACAGACAACCUUUGCUUAAAGGUUCACCAACAGCAGCUAAUAUUAACAGACCAAAUACAAUAUUUCCUUAACUUGGAUAGCGCUACCUUCCAUAAAUGUUUGUUGUCUGCUGAUGUCAAGUUGGCAGGAAGAAAAUCUCAUCCGGAAAAUCAACAAACUGGCUGGGUGGAGGGCCAACAUGCAUAGUUUGGUGGUGCAGGCACUUGCCAUGAGGCAGCUUGGAAGAUUGAACCCCCGUCACCUGCUGGCUGCUGGAUAUGGACUGAGGCAGGCUGAAUGGUGUCCCAGGACCAUCCACACACGCCAGCUGUGGGGCUGCUCGGCUUUCCCCGCACUUGGCCGUCACAGCAGGCCCGCUCUCUGUGGCAGAGACACUGUCAGGGGUUGGUCCGUCCAUCCUCUGAGGUUUGGAAGCAACAAGAAGAAAAGUGUUGCUAGGUCAGUAAAGGAGGACGAGCAGGAAGAUGAAGAUGAAGAGGAAGACGAGGACAAAAAAGACCAGGAGGACAGUGAUUAUGAAGAUGAGGUGGAUGAGAAACUACCAAAGGACUAUAAAGACUUGGAAAAAUAUGUUCAGUCCUUUCGCUAUGAUGUCAUCAUGAAAGCUGGCCUGGACAUGUCACGCCAUAAACUUGAGGUCUCCUUCUAUGACAACAAGCUCAGGCUAAAUGGACAGCAACUCAUCAAGAAAAGUAAAUUGGUGAAAGUUGGGGACACCUUGGACCUGAUACUGUCGGAGAACCGAGAAACAAACACAGUUACUCUGAUGAGAGUCUGUCUCCAGAGGGUUUUGGAUGAAUACAGUAAAACAGAAAAGUCUAAAGUUGCCAUACGGCGCUGGAAAUGUCUAGAGCUUCCCAAAGAAGAGGUCUUUAAGCAAUAAACUUGAAUACAACAGUAUUGACUGUAAUA